GGGCACUGAACAUCAUGGACUCCGACACGAGCCGAGUGUCCAGUAGACCUUCUUCUCCUGAAGGCGAUGAUCUCUUCCUGUCAGCAGUCAAGAAGUCCGUGGGUUUCUCCGGCGCCGUCUCCUCCACGCAGAGCGAUUCUCCUUCGGAGUUAAGAGGCGCAGAUCUGCAUGGCAGCUCUAGCGCCGAUGAGGAAUCAAUGGCUCUGAAGAUGCUCUCCAAAAAGGACCGUAAACUUCUAUCCGAGAACGAGCUGCAGAGUAUGCGCCUCAAGAUCAACAGCCGCGAGAGGAAGCGCAUGCACGACCUCAAUAUCGCCAUGGACGGGCUCCGGGAGGUCAUGCCCUAUGCCCACGGGCCAUCCGUGCGCAAGCUCUCCAAAAUAGCCACCUUGCUGCUCGCGCGCAACUACAUCCUUAUGCUGAGCAACUCGCUGGAGGAGAUGAAACGGCUCGUGAGCGAGAUCUACGGUGGAGGGAGCGGGGCCCAUCACGCCGGGUUCCACCCGUCCGGUUGCGGCACCCUUGCACACGCGGCCGCUCCGUUAGCGGGUCACCCUGCUGCUGUCUCGCAUUCCUCUCACCCGGUACAUCAUCCUCUGCUACCACCAGCAGUUUCCAGUGCCGCAUCUCUCUCCGGCCCGGGUCUCUCAGCCGUCAGACCGCAUCACGGACUCCUCAAGGCACCAUCGACCUCAGGGCCACUCGGCGCUGGUUUCCAGCACUGGGGUCCCGGGAUCCCGUGCCCGUGUAGCAUGUGCCAGGUGCCCCCGCCUCAUGUGUCCGGUAUGAGCACCGUCAGCAUGCCACGACUGACCAGUGACUCAAAAUAAAAAAUAAAAAAUAAAAACUUUGAGGACAGAACUCUGAGAACGAACCAUAGACUUUUAUAUAUAUAUAUAUAAAAUUGUAUUAUCUUGUGUUUAUCAUGAAUGAACAAUUUGGAAAGCACGAGAUCUGAAGCGAAGAAGAAUGAAUCAAAGCCACUAACAUAGGUUUCUAACACUUUAGAGAUAUUAGGGUUAUCCAUGUGCAUUUCUGUGUAUGAAGUUUGUGAAAAUGGUUUAGCCUUCAAGCCUGAGAUUGCUACGAAAGAACGAAGUUUAAUAUGAAAUAGAGUUAAUAAAAUAAAUCCGACCUGUUCAUGCCUCAUUUAAAGAGAGGGCUAAAUAGUUGGGCCUUUAGCCUACUAUUAGACGAAACGAAAUUAUACAUUAACAUGUCAUAAGGUUUUGAAAAACAUAAUAGGAUAAAUGUUGUGUAUAUAUGUAGAUAGCGUUUGUACAGUUUGAGAGAUUUUAUAUUACUUUCUUAGUUUAUAUUCGGGGUCAGAAUGCAUUUGCCAAGCGCUGUCUAACAGGAAAGAUGCACACUCUCUCUCUCUCUCUCUCUCUCUCUCUCUCUCUCUCUCUCUCUCUCUCUCUCUCUCUCUCUCUCUCUCUCUCUCUCUCUCUCUAUAGUUUUCUGUCUUUCCAUCUUUGUUGUUUUUUAUUUAGGCUACUUCUUUCUGCACAAACUUACCCGUCAUUGACGAUGCGAAAAAUUAUCAACUUUUAUUUUUUAUAAUAAAGUGCAAAAUGAUAUUUAUUUACUUAUUUUGAUGGUAUUUUCAAAUUAAUGUGCGGUGAAUGUUUGUCAUAACUGUAAAAUAAAUGUUUUAAACUGAUGCAUUUA